UCUGAACGCCGUUCCAAUGACGUAAGGUGUCUCGGAAUAAACAAUCAUGGCGGACUCUGAAGAAGCUGUAUCUCCUGUGUAUUUAGUAAUUAGCAACAUUCCAGCCGCUUUUCGUUCAGCGGACCUCAGAAACUAUUUCAGUCAGUUCAUAGAAAGCGGCGGUUUUAAGUGUUUCCACUAUCGACACCGGCCGGAGGUUGUCAGGGAGUCCGAGGGCCAAAACUCGGUGUGUGAUGACAGCGAGGAGAGCAGCUCCAGACCCCCGGAGAGCGACCGAGUAACGGCAGACAGUAGCUCCAGACCCCCGGAGAGCGACCGAGUAACGGCAGACAGCAGCUCCAGACCCCCGGAGAGCGACCGAGUAACGGCAGACAGCAGCUCCGUGAAGAAGCAGCAGCAGGCGGUGAAAACGGGCUGUUGUGUGAUCUCAGUUCAGGCUAAAGACGCCGACAGAUUCAUCAGGAUGUAUUCGGGGAACCACUGGAUUGACUCGAAGGGCAGCUGGCUGUCCAGACGCUGUCUUAUCAAAAGAGUAAAAGUUUCACAUGAAAAUGAUGAGGAGCCAUUCCCCUAUAAGACAAAGUAUGAGCAGCGGCACCGCUCGUCCUUAACGGAGCGUUUCACAGAGACGGACCUCAAAAGCUUAUCUGAGCUGAAUCCACCUUCUCUGAUGCCGAAUGGAAACGUGGGAACACCAGUGAAAGUGUUCCUCCAGCUCAUCCAGUCCUGUCGCCUGCCUCCUCGCCUCAUCCGGAAGUUGGGCCUCACAUUCCCCAAGACCAGUUCCAACCGUCGUUACGGCAACGUGCAUUUCCAGUAUAAGGAUUCUUACAUGUUUCCAGCCACAGAGGAGACUGUGCUAACAGCUGCCGGGCAUGAAAUAUCAGGGCCGGGCGCUUUAGCCGCACCAUCCUCGGGACGGAGGUUGCUGGUUGAUCACACAGAAACAACAGAGACUGAUGAGCCAUGGAAAGAAGAAGAAGAGGAGGAUGCACAGUCAAAUGCAGAUGAUGAUGAUGAUCGCUGUGAGGAGUGGGAGCGCCAUGAAGCUUUGCAUGAUGAUGUAACGAGCCAGGAGCGAAGUAAAGAGAGGCUGUAUGAAGAAGAGAUUGAGCUGAAGUGGGAAAAGGGCGGCUCAGGUCUGGUCUUCUACACGGACGCCCAGUACUGGCAGGAAGAGGAAGGAGAUUUUGAUGAACAAACGGCAGAUGAUUGGGAUGUUGACAUGAGCGUUUACUAUGAUAAAGAUGGAGGUGACAUGGAUUCCCGUGACUAUGUGCGAAUGCGGUAUGAAAAGAGGCUGAGGGAGGGUCUUGAAGAUGGAUCAGGACACAAUCAGACUAUCGGCAGCUUUGAGAGGUUCACCAAGGGUUUUGGCCGUCGAGUGAUGGAGAAGCAGGGCUGGAAGGACGGUGAAGGCUUGGGGAACAGUCAGAUUGGGAUUCCUGAAGCCCUGGAGAAUGAGGGCCAACAUCCAAACUGCAAACGGGGGUUUGGGUAUCAUGGAGAGAAAUUGCUCUUACAUCCUGGAAAAAAGGCCAGGCCAGAUUUCCAUAUAACUACAGUGUAUGAUAAACCCAAAGACAUAGAUGAAGGUGACACCUUACUCAGACGUCAACCAAACACCAGCAUGAAGUACAGAGGCUGGCAGCCAGGUGGCACCAUUGGACCACGAAGAUGACUAAUUCAAUUAUUAUUUUGUAUAUAUAUAUAUACUUUUUAAAUGACUCAUUUUCUGACUUUGCUAUUAAAACAUUUU